GUUCAUAUGAAUCAUUAAAGAAGAGCCAGUUCAUAUAGAGCUAUUCGGUCGUUAAUUCGUUCAGAGUGCGCAGUGAGUAUCGGUGUGAGAGAGAAAGUUGUUCUUAUCCGAGAACUGUAGCGAAGCAGACAUUCUUGUGGCGGGAAAGCAGGAUCUCACAUCCAUGCUGCUGUCGGUUCCGGUGAACGCGCUCGAGGAAUGCGGGCAUCACGAGCGUCGGGCUGAGCGCAGACCUGCUGAUUCUUGACAUCAUGACGGAGUUCAGUAACCUGACGUCGCUCAUGAAUAACGUGAGCGAGUUCUCCAAUCACACGGCGAGCUGCUCGUUAACCAAGACUGGCUUUCAGUUUUACUAUCUCCCCAUCGUCUACAUCAUGGUCUUCCUCACAGGCUUCAUCGGAAACAGUUUGGCCAUAUGGAUGUUCGUGUGCCACAUGAGGCCCUGGAGCAGCAUCUCCGUCUACAUGUUCAACCUGGCGCUGGCCGACUUCUGUUACGUGCUCUCGCUGCCGUUCCUCAUCUUCUACUACUUCAACAAAACAGACUGGAUUUUUGGAGACGUCUUAUGCAGACUCCAGAGGUUCAUCUUCCAUGUGAAUCUCUACGGAAGCAUCCUGUUCCUCACGUGCAUCAGCAUGCACAGAUACUCCGGCGUCGUGCAUCCGCUCAAGUCGCUCGGGAGGCUGAAAAAGAAGAACGCGGUUCGCACCGUCGCGUUCGUCUGGUUCAUAGUGGUGGUGGGCAUCUCUCCCAUCCUUUACUACUCACGAACCGGCCCUAAGAAGGGGUUAACGACGUGCUACGACACCACGACCGAAGACGAGCUGCCUGGAUACUUCAUCUACAGCAUGUGCAUGACGGUGUUCGGCUUCUGCAUCCCGUUCAUCAUCAUCUUCAGCUGCUACGGCGGCAUCGUCAAAGCCCUCAUCUGCAACGACAUGGACAACGCACCGCUGAGGAGAAAGUCCAUAUACCUGGUCAUCAUCGUGCUCACGGUGUUCGCCGUCUCCUACCUGCCCUUCCACGUGAUGAAGAACCUGAACAUGCGAGCGAGACUGUACUUCCAGAGCCCAGACAUGUGUGCCUUUAAUGACCGUGUGUAUGCCACCUACCAGGUGACCCGCGGCCUGGCCAGCCUCAACAGCUGCGUCGACCCGGUCCUGUACUUUCUGGCCGGAGACACGUUCAGACGCAGGCUGUCCAGAGCCACCAAGAAGUCCACCAGGAAGGGAGAUCACCCCGUGCAGUCCAAGAGCGAGGAGACGGCGCUCAACAGCCAGCCGGAGUGUGUCCAGAACGGGGACAACCGGGACUGACCUUCCCUUAGACUGAUGCUUUAAAGAUGUAGAGUAUUUGAAAUCAUCGUACUGUACUCUGGUCAGUGUUACUCGUGUGUUGCUUUUAAUGUUUUCGACUAAUGUGAUUUUACUGAAUGAACAAUCACUAACUGACCGUUUCAUGUUUUAACAGACACCACGAUAUCAAACACUAGCGUUUAGUUGAGUUGUUCUCGGUGAAUAAUUGUUAAGAUGCACUAUAGAUAUUUUGACAUCAUUAAUUCUCUACCUGUAGGUUUAAAGCAUUGUGAACUGAUGUGUAUUGUGCUGUUACUGUAAAGA